AUGGAUCUCGAUCACAUCGGCAGCAAGCUCGCCAAUCUCACCAUGUACGACGUCAAGUCGUUGUACCGACAGGCUCGUAACUACGCGCUCAACGUCAGCGAGAUCGAGGCCAAAGUUGACGAGGCCACCAACGACGACCCUUGGGGCGCAAGUUCCACCUUGAUGCAGGAGAUCGCGCAGGCUACGAACAACUUCCAAGAUUUCAACGAAAUCAUGCCCACCAUUUACCGCCGCUUCAUGGAGAAGGAGGCAAGGGAGUGGCGCCAGAUCUACAAGGCUCUCCAGCUCCUCGAGUACCUCGUGAAGCAUGGUUCGGAACGCGUUGUCGACGAUGCUCGCUCGCAUCUUGCUACUAUCAAGAUUCUUCGAAAUUUCCAUUACAUUGACGAGAAGGGCAAAGAUCAAGGCAUCAAUGUGCGAAACCGGGCAAAGGAGCUCGCUGACUUGCUAGGCGAUGUGGACCGCAUCCGACAGGAGAGGAGAAAGGCUCGUAGUAACAAAACCAAGUAUACGGGUGGAGGCAACGGGGAGUUCGUUCCAGGCAGUGGAACUCGAUAUGGUGGUUUCGGAAGCGAUAGCUACUACGCCGGCGGUGGGGCAGCUGGAGCUGCGGCUGGUAGCUCGACUGGCGCUGGAAGCGCUGCUGCCCGCGACAGCUUCGAGGAGUACGACGCUGGCGACUACGAAGAGACCCCAGCUGCUAGGCCCAGUUCGAGCACCACUCGAGCUGGAGGUUCUCGCAGUUCAGCUGCCGCUCCACCGAAGAAGGAGGCGCCCAAGGUGGCUGACCUCUUCAGCUUCGAUGAUGAUGACGAGCCUGCUGCGUCCGCCCCAGCAUCCGCAGUGGCCACUCAGUCAGCCGCCGACAGCAACAACGAUGCCUUCGGCGAUGACUUUGACGACUUCCAGGCCGCACCAGCUCCAACACCCGCCGUAAAGCCUGCUGCCGCCCCGUCAGCUGCUAAGUCUCAAACUUCAGCUUCAUUCGACUUCUUCGACUCUGCGCCCAUCGCACCUGCCGCUUCGAAGCCUGCUUCCACCAGUGUCAUGUCCCCCACAUCCUCCAACGCAUCGAAACCCACCACACCUGCUGCCACAUCGAACACUGCUUCGCGACCUGCUGCCUCUACGAAUUCGUCGUUCAACUUUGAUGAUCUGUGGGCAGCUUCCUCGGGCAAGUCGAGCAACGCGUCGGGAAAGCAAAAGCUGUCGAUGGCCGAAAUGGCCAAGAAUCAAAGCUCGAAUGCUUUGUUCGGAUCCUCGGGUACACAACCUGCUGCUCAGCAGCAGGCAGCGAACAAGAAGGACAUCUUCGACUUGCUCUAG